AUGGCACCGCGUCAUGCGAAUGAUCAACGAGUCAAUUUGCCGUUCACUUGUCGCCUUGCUCAACCUCUUCAGAUUGGACAAACCAUCAACAUACAUGGGAAAAUCAAUCCAGAUGGAAAGCGAAUUGAAUUGAACUUGUUGAAGGGUGAUUCUGAACUUGCCAAGGGGCAGUCACAGGCUCUCCUGCACGCAAACAUUCGAAUCGAUGAAGCAACGGUGGUGUUGAAUUCGUUUUUGGAUGGGAAAUGGGGUGAUGAAGAGAGAGUGGCGAAUCCUUUUAAAGCUGGAGAAGAUUUCGAUUUGCGUAUUAGAUGUCUCGACGGGUUCUUCGAGGUUCGAUUGAACGGAGAGAAAGUUCACGAGUUCAAGUAUCGCUCUCCUUUCAAUGAAACCGAAUUUCUGCAGGUGAAAGGUGACUGCAUUGUCGACGGUGUUCAUUGGGGUGGAAAACUCUAUCAGGUGCCAUGGGAAACGGCUUUCCAAGGCCAGCAACCGCUAAAGUUAGGAAGUCGCAUUGAGCUUUAUGUAAUCCCGAAAGGUGAUCGAUGGACUGUGGAUUUUAUCGCGAAAAACAAGGAAACUCUUUUCCAUUUCAAUCCAAGAAUGGCUGAAAAGAAACUCGUUCGAAAUGCUCGUAAAGGUGGAUUUUGGAUGAAAGAAGAGCUGGAUUUCGAGGGUGAUUUCCCGUUCCAACUCGACGGCGGCGCUACACUGGUCCUUAUCAACGAAACGGAAGCUAUUCAAAUCGAAGUGGAUGGGCGUCGUGUGUGCUCUUUCAAGCAUCGAGCCACAAAUCCCAUCUCUGACUACAUUGGUUUCCGAAUUGAUGGACCGGUAGAAGUCACCAAUAUGGACUUUCAAUAUCCACAG